CACGCAUUUUUCGUUGGCUUCGUACUAUUAGCCCCCCAGCUCCCGAUAGCUCUUCAUCAUUAGUGUCCACGUAGACUGUUCGUCCGAUAGUAUUCCGUUACUUGCGUUCGUAGUGAACAGUGCUCCUUCGAGUUCCUGAUAUUGAAAAAUAGUUAACGACAACAUGAGUUGCCACGACGUAGUUAUUGUGUCUGCUGUCAGAACUCCUAUAGGAAACUUUUGCGGAAACUUAUCUUCUUUAAAAGCAUCAGAUUUAGGAAGCGUUGUUAUUAAAGAAUGUCUUACAAAAGUAAAUUUAAAUCCAUCCGAUGUAUCUGAAGUUAUUUUGGGACAGACGUUAACUGCAGGCCAAGGUCAAAAUCCAGCUAGACAAGCAGCUAUCAAAGCAAAUUUUCCUGUACGUGUUCCUGCUUAUCAGAUCAAUAUGUUAUGUGGCUCUGGACUGAAGGCAAUUGCAAAUGGUUAUCUAUCUUUAAAAAGUGGAGAGAGUAAUAUUAUUGUAGCUGGAGGUCAAGAAAGCAUGAGCCAAGCACAACAUACAAUUUAUCUUAGGAAUGGUAUCAAAAUGGGAGAUUGUAAUUUUAUUGAUACUUUGAUACACGACGGAUUAACUGAUGCAUUUACUUCUAUUCAUAUGGGGGUAACAGCUGAAAACAUUGCUAAAGAUUUUGGAAUAACUAGAGAAGAACAAGAUCUUUAUGCGACUUUAUCUCAACAAAAAGCAGCAGCUGCUAUUUCAGCAGGACACUUUGAUAAAGAAAUUGUUCCUGUAACAAUAUCGAAUAAUAAAAACGAAUCUACUCUUAUAUCUAAAGAUGAAUUUCCUAAACCUUCAACUACUAUACAAGAUCUAUCGAAAUUGAAACCAAUUUUUGUAAAGGCUAAUGGAACUGUUACUGCUGGUAAUGCGUCUGGUAUAAAUGAUGGAGCAGCAGCAGUAGUUCUUAUGACAAAGGAAGAAGCGAUUAAAAGAAACAUAAAUCCUUUGGCUCAAAUUAUUGCAGUAGCUGAGAGUGGAGUAGAACCAAGUAUUAUGGGAAUGGGUCCAGUACCAGCAAUUGAAUUACUUUUACAAAAAACCAAAUGGAGUAAAGAUGAGGUAGAUCUUUAUGAAUUGAAUGAAGCAUUUGCUGCACAAUCACUGGCAUGCAUCAAAAAACUUGAUUUGGAUCCUAAUAAAGUUAAUAUCAAUGGUGGCGCUAUUGCUUUAGGUCAUCCUAUUGGAGCCUCUGGAGCUAGAGUUUUAGUAACUUUACUUCAUGCAUUAGAAAGAAUAGGAGGGAAAAAAGGCAUUGCAGCAUUAUGCAUUGGUGGGGGCAUGGGCAUUGCCCUUGCUAUAGAAAGAAAAUAACAUUUUAUAUUCAUUAAUUUUAUUAUUUAUUAUUAUGAAAAUUCAUAAUUUUAUAUUACGCGGUUUUUUAAGAUCUAUAGAUGAAAAAAAUUUCUUAAUAUUACAACUACCCAUUUACCUAUUGAUUGAACAGAUGAUCUGAUUACUUAGUGAUCUUAUAUUUUUAUAUUUGUUUUAUUACAUUAAAAUAUUGAUAUAUAGUUGAAUAAUUAAUCAUCAACUAUGAACUUGCAGUAUUUAAAUAAAUAACUGUGAUGACUGACAUAACAUAAACUAUGCAUGCAACUGUGGUAGUUAAUAUUGUUUAUAAUAUAUAGAGAAUGUAUUGAAUAUAAUUUUAAAAUAUGGGUUGAUAUCUAUACAAUGUACAAUAUAUUAUCCUGAUUAUAUAAUAAUUUCUCUUAGACAAACAUUUGAGAAUGAACUACACGCAAUUUAAUUCGAAAAUAUUACAUUAUUAUAUGAAAGAUAAUUAUGAAAAACUAUAAUGACAAUUUAUAAGGCACAAGCUUCUUUAUAAAUAACUACAUUAAGACUUCUCACUAUUUUUGUACUUAUUAGCCAAACAAAUAUUGCUGAACUGGUGGUUCUUCCAAUCUAAUGAACUAAUUCAGAGUGCCUUCUUUUAGAUAGAUUUAAUAUAAACUUUAUUACUUUUUUAAAUGUAUCAAAAAUAUGUAAACAUGUUAGAAAAGAGACAUUGCCUAUUUCUGUGUUAAUAUAUUUCUGUUAUUAGUAACAAAUUGUACGUUAUUAAUUUUAACAUAAAAAAUACACACAUAUUUACAAGCAUUUA